CAAUAAUCGGGCACGUUCUAAAUUUAGAAUGGGGCGCUUUGGGUACCUCUCAAUAAGCUGCUCCCCGUCCAGGGUUUUGGUGGAGGGGGCCUUCCUUGCACAUCUUAAUACCCUGUCAACCACAAAGAAAGGAAAGGCGUUACGGUGACAACGGGGUUGUCGCAUGCAAGCACCCCAAAACAUCCUCAACACCAAGCAGCUGCGGGCUUCUCCAGGAGCUUGCCUUCGGUCCUGCUUCUGUCCAAGUCUUUUUACCUUGGAGGGAGCUUGGAAGGACCGCUGAUUGCUGCAUGGUCGCUCUGCAUGGUAGCUGCGCUUGAACUUGUUGCCUGCGACAGCCUGUUCUCCUGGGAUGCCGUACUUCUUGUACCUGGCAUGGAGUUGUUGAUCGUCACAUUCAAGUAGUGGGUCGUGCACAUUUCGACUGCGUCGGGAAGUAAAUUGCUUCUUGGCAACUUGGGCGAGACCGUGGGCUGCAUUGUUGAGGGUAAACAACAUUGCAAGGGCUACAGUGGAGUGCGUCAGGGGUCGCCUUUGCAGUGGCAUGUACUGCAAACAGAAGGAGCUGAAGAGGAGCAUGUAAACGAGCGUAUACAGAAAGGGAAGUCGAGGCGCCUGCAGCUUGUUUUAUACUGGCAACAUGGGGCGCGCCAAGAUUGAAAUAAAGAGGAUCGACAAUGCCACAAAUCGGCAGGUCACUUUUUCCAAACGGCGAAAUGGUCUUCUCAAGAAAGCUUACGAGCUCAGUGUUCUUUGUGAUGCUGAUGUGGCCGUCAUCAUGUUUUCGCCAACGGGAAAGCUUUUUGAGUAUGCAAACUCAAGUAUGAAAGAGAUCCUCGACCGGUACCACAACGCUCCUCAAGAGCAGCGGGAAAAGAGGAAGUUUGACAACAAUGAUUAUGUUGCUCAGCAAGCUAAGAGAUUCCGUCAUGAAGCAGAAACGUACAAGAGAGAGUUGAGGCACUAUCAGGGGGAGGAUCUUGGGCCCUUGCAAGUGCCCGACUUAGAUCAGCUAGAAAAGAAGCUCGACGACGGGCUGCAGAAGGUGCGAGCGAGACAGAAAGAGUUGCUGACACAGGAAGUGAUGAAACUUAGACAGCAGCUGGAACAGUCAGAAGCCCAGGCGGUGGCUAGUGCGCAGCAAUCAAACCCCUAUGCUUCGCACUUUUCGGAGCUGUUGGGCCGCUCCAGCCUCGCCACCCCCCCCGGCCCCUCUCUCUCCAACCUCCCGGCCCUGCCCUACUUCCCCUCCCUCACCGCCGGCUUUGGGCCCAGCUCCUCGUCGCUGGGGGCCAUGGGGCAGCCCUCCCCCUCGGGCCAGCAAGGAGUGCUGAGCCCGAGCCAGCUGAUGGACCUGGGCAUGCCCGGCCCACAGAAGCUGCCGAUGCGGAUAGGGGGCCUCGCCAGGCCGCAGAACGAUCCCCCCGGCACGCCAGGGGGAGUGGGGUUGGGGGGCGGCCUGGGGGGCUUAGAACAGCAGUGGGGCCAGGGCCCGUCGUCGCUGGAGAUGCUGUUGUUAGAGCGGCAACAGCAGCAGGACCAGCAGGAGCAGCAGCAACAGCAGCAGCAGCAACGGAGAUACGGGGGCUUGGUGCUGCCCAGCCUGCCGCACCCGAGCGGAGGGCAAGGGCCCGGGACGGGGCCGUCCACACCCGGGGGCCAAGGCCUUCCCCCGGGACAGGGUAGCUGACACGGGGGGGGGGGGGCGCCAGGCACCGGCUAACUUUUUAACGAACGGGGGCUGUAUGUUGGUCGUCUAUUAACGUCACCAGCUGAGAAACGAGGGAAUGCAUUCUUUAUGCACGUUUGCCCUUGAUGCACAAGUGGCAUCCAUGCAUGGGGAAUGCUCACAUCUAACUUAACUUCACUGCUUCCGGUCUUAACUAUACCUACUCAAGGCUAGGCAACCUUUAAGAGGAAAGCGUUCAAACACCCCCUGCUCUUGAUGCCGCUCAAGUUGGCACCACACGCAAGCCGCGGUCUUCAGAUGCUGGCACUAACCUCCAAAGCGGGAUGCUUGUAAGUUGUCAGUCACGGUCCGAAUUGUUGCCAAGCUGAAGCACAUGGAAGCAGCAUAGGGAGGAUGGCGACUUGAAACAGCAGUUGGUGACACAAGGUGUAAGGUCAUGAAUGAAUGGCUUCAUCCAUUUACUGUCAUUCAUUUGUGUACUUCCAAGUGUCUUGCAUAAGAUUGUUGGUCGAGGACUUGUGACCCAUCCCAAUGUCUGCUUCAUGGUAUGACUGAC